AUGUCGUCCGGGGACAAGCACUCUUCGGAAGGCGAGACUGCCUUCAAAGAAGACGCCGAACGCAACCAAAGCAGGGGCGCUCGCAAUGCUUCUGUUGCCAGUAGUACUUUCAUGUCGGCCGCGGACCGAGCCCGCCGCAAUGCCAAUGCCAAAUUGGCCAACCCUCUGGCUGGGUACUCUCGUCCCCAGCUUGAGAAGAAGGGACGAGAUUAUGCGCUAGAGCACGCGCUCGCCGAGCCCGAAGAUAUCCGCGCCUUUGAAAUCGGCGCCAUCCUUGCUCAGGACCCGCUGGCUUAUAACCGCCUGGGUACCGAUACUCUGACAGAGGAAGAGGUUUCGACACUGUACCACGAAUUUACCAACAAAUGGUCCCAACCGAAGACUCUGUACAUUGUCAUCGUCUGCUGCUCUGUUUGCGCUGCUGUUCAGGGAAUGGAUGAGACUGUUGUCAACGGCGCACAACUCUUCUAUACCCCGCAAUUCGGCAUUGACAACGAAGGCGAGGCGCGUUCUACCUGGCUGACUGGUCUCGUCAACUCGGCGCCGUAUCUUUGCUGCGCUUUCAUCGGCUGCUGGUUGACUGUUCCAUAUAACAACUGGUUCGGCCGUCGUGGCACAAUCUUUAUCACCUGCCUCUUCUCUGCCAUUGCCUGUUUUUGGCAGGGCUUCGUCAACACCUGGUGGCACAUGUUCAUAGCACGCUUCAUGCUCGGCUUCGGUAUCGGUCCCAAGUCCGCGACGGUCCCCAUCUACGCCGCAGAAUGCACCCCUCCGGCGAUUCGUGGUGCUCUGGUCAUGCAGUGGCAAAUGUGGACCGCCUUCGGUAUCAUGCUUGGUUACGUUGCUGAUCUGGCACUGUACAAAGUCCCCGACACCGCUGCCGCCACUGGAUUGAACUGGCGUCUGAUGAUGGCAUCCGCUAUGCUUCCGGCCGUCGUGGUGUGCUGCUUCGUCUUCCUGUGUCCCGAGUCGCCUCGCUGGUAUCUCAGCAAGGGCCGCCACGCUGCCGCCUUCCAUGCCAUGUGUACAUUGCGCUACAACAAGGUUCAAGCUGCUCGCGACCUGUUCUACAUGGCCGAGCUUCUGAAAGCCGAAGAGACCAUGAAGAUUGGCCAGAGCAAGAUCAAGGAGAUCAUUACCGUACCUCGCAACAGACGUGCCAUGGUUGCGUCCGAGAUUGUCAUGUUCAUGCAACAGUUUUGUGGCGUCAACGUCAUCGCUUACUAUUCGUCCUCCAUCUUCCGCGACAGCGGUUUCUCCUCCAUUUCAGCCCUCGCCGCCUCGCUCGGAUUCGGCAUCAUUAACUUCCUGUUUGCCAUCCCGGCAAUCUACACUAUCGACACGUUUGGACGACGUAACCUUUUGCUGACGACUUUCCCGCUCAUGGCCAUCUUCCUGCUCUUCACCGGCAUGUGCUUCUUCAUCCCCGACCAAGGUUCAUCCAAGCCGGUUCGUGUUGGCCUGAUCGCACUGGGCAUCUACCUGUUUGGCAUCGUCUACUCUCCUGGUGAGGGGCCGGUGCCAUUCACAUAUUCCGCUGAAGCUUAUCCGCUGUACGUGCGUGCAUACGGAAUGUCGCUUGCGACGGCUACGACGUGGUUCUUCAACUUCGUCCUUUCGAUCACCUGGCCUUCGCUCCAAGCUGCCUUCACGCCCCAGGGAGCGUUUGGCUGGUACGCAGCGUGGAACGUGGUCGGUUUCUUCCUUGUGCUCCUGUUCAUGCCGGAGACCAAAGGCAAAACACUCGAAGAGCUCGACCAAGUCUUCAGCGUACCCACCACCAAGCAUGCUGCCUACGGUCUUCGUCAGAUUCCGUACUUUUUCAACCGUUACAUCCUCAGACGAAAAGUCGAGCCUGAGAUUCUGUACCAGCUGGAAGACGUUCACACUGGCGGCGACCCGGAAGACUUGGCCGGCGAUGAGCGUCCUGGGUCAAAGAGCGCGGAGGCCGCCCGGAAUGGCGCAUAG